CGGCGGCUCGUGGGGGGGCAAGGAGGCGGGGCCGCGCAGGCGCCGUGAGGGGCGGUAGCGGCGGCGGCGGCGGCGGUGGUAGCGGCGGCAGCUGUGAGGGGGUUCCGGGAAGAUGGUGCUGAUUAAGGAAUUCCGUGUGGUUUUGCCAUGUUCUGUUCAGGAGUAUCAGGUUGGGCAGCUUUACUCUGUUGCAGAAGCUAGUAAGAAUGAAACUGGUGGUGGAGAAGGAAUUGAAGUCUUAAAAAAUGAACCUUAUGAGAAGGAUGGAGAAAAGGGACAAUAUACACACAAAAUCUAUCACCUAAAGAGCAAAGUUCCUGCAUUCGUCAGGAUGAUUGCUCCAGAGGGCUCGUUGGUGUUUCACGAGAAAGCCUGGAAUGCAUACCCCUACUGUAGAACAAUUGUAACGAAUGAAUAUAUGAAAGAUGAUUUCUUCAUUAAAAUUGAAACAUGGCACAAACCAGACUUGGGAACAUUAGAAAAUGUACAUGGUUUAGAUCCAAACACUUGGAAAACUGUUGAAAUUGUCCACAUAGAUAUUGCAGAUCGAAGCCAAGUUGAACCAGCAGACUACAAAGCUGAUGAAGACCCAGCAUUAUUCCAGUCAGUCAAGACCAAGAGAGGCCCUUUGGGACCCAACUGGAAGAAGGAGCUGGCCAACAACCCUGACUGUCCUCAGAUGUGUGCCUAUAAGCUGGUGACCAUCAAAUUCAAGUGGUGGGGACUGCAAAGCAAAGUAGAAAACUUCAUUCAGAAGCAAGAAAAAAGGAUAUUUACAAACUUUCAUCGCCAACUUUUUUGUUGGAUUGACAAGUGGAUUGAUCUGACAAUGGAAGACAUUAGGAGAAUGGAGGAUGAAACUCAGAAAGAACUAGAGACAUUACGUAAUCAAGGUCAAGUGAGGGGAACAAGUGCAGCCAGUGAUGAGUGAAGAAGAAUCUGACCAGUGUCUUGCAGUGUUGACGUUUCCCAGACGUGUGCUUGUGAUGAUGUACUCACACGCACAGGUUCCCAACCACGUGUGUAUAUAUGUUUGUGUGUGUAUAUAUCUGUAGCUGUAUAUAAAACGCAUGUAGAGCUACAGAUCAGAAUACACACACUUGUGUAUAUAUGUACAUACAAACAUACUGAAAGGAUUAGUACAAUUUCUCCAAAGUACUGUACCUAUCUUCAGCAAGAAUGCAAAAGAAAAUAUUUUCAAUAUAUAUACCUGGAACAGAUUUUAAUAAUUAUCAGAGUAAUACCAUUAUUGGACAAAUUGACUGCAAAUGUAAUACUAGCUGGUAUGUUUCAUAAAUGUCAAAUUGUGGACCAAUAUAUAUAUAUAGCCUUUUAUUACUUUUCUGUUCUUUUAAAUCAGUCUCUUACAGAUUUUUAUUUUAGUCCCAAAAACAGACUCCCACAGAAAAAUUUAUUCAAAAUCUUUUGGUAUUCCAAUGAAUCUGAAAUGUAAACUCUGAAUGUAUUUAUAACGAUUUAUUUCUGGAUGGUUAUUAUCUUAAAUUCAAAUUGGACACUGUCUAUUAGGAAAGAAUAUAGUUACUGGCCAAUUUUUACUUGUUUGCCCUGAGGGGGGAAAAAUCCUUUAAAAAAAAUUCUGAUUUUUAUUGGGUUUUUGUAUUUUAAAUUUCAAGUAUUUUUCUACAUCAAACCUAGCAAAAAAAAGGAGAUGACAGUUUGUGAUUUAUAAUAAACACUAUAGAAUUUUCAGGCUCCUGUUAGGCAAACAAAGAAAUUGAUGAAGAAAUUCAUAGCAUCGUAGGCUGUAGGAAAACUUGGAAGUAGAGCACUUCCAUGGAGUCUUGUUUCUGAAAUGACUGUUUUCUGAAAUUAGAGCUUGGAAACUAUGCAAAUGAUCUAGAUUCCUCACAGCUUACACGCUAGAAUACAGAUAGUGAUGACUUUUUUUUCUUUCUUUCUUUUUUUCUUUUUCUUUUUUUUUUUUUUUUUGCUCUUUUCAUAUUAAAAUACAGCCUGUGGGGGAGGCACUGCCUUUUUGAGAUAGCAGGGAGGAAUUAAAGCUGCAGCACCCAGCACUGGCUGGUCUGCUUGCCUAGGAGGCCACACUGAGGAGCCAGUGCUGUGCCACCCACUGGUAGGUGCUCUCUAGUAGGAUGCCAUUGGAACCUGUCAUGAGUAAGUGUCAUGAACAUGCUGGUUAGCAGCCGCUGCCACCUCGUCUCUCUUCUUCCUUCUUUAAGAAAGGAACCAUAGCUGAGUUAUGAUUUUUAUCAGCUUUCUCUGUCCGAAUCCAGUUUUUCUCCUGUCAGUCCUGGAAGCUUGGCCAGAGUGAUCUUGUUGAAGCCUUCCCGUCACAAACUGUCUUGUUGAACCCCUCGUCCCUCCUGCAACACGCCGGCCCCUGUAGUCCUAUCACAUUUGUAAUCUGAUUUGCUGACAGCCUUGCCCGCCCUGCUCCCCGUUUUCCCACACACCCCGUGGCUCCACCGAGGUGGUGGCAGUGAGUCAGACAAGGGUGUGUAGGAUCGCUGCCGCACCAUGAUGCCCUAUUAGCCUUGGCUCCGAACCCCACACUGCAUACGUCCUCCGUGUACUCAGGAUCAAGACUGAUGUUUACUCUCUGGGCGCUGUUGUAAGAUAGGUGUUGUCAAAGCAUAAUCAUUGUCUGCAAAAUGUUUGGUGCAAGGAAGACUAUUGCUAAUUUUGUGAAAUAAAGAGUCUCGCCCUCUCCUUUAAUGGACUUAACUCUCACUGGCAUCUGUAGCAUCGUUGGGAGUGUGGGCGCCCAUGGAAAUCCAUGCCCGGUGCACGGGUUCUAAUGUUUUUCUAACAACUGUGGAGAUUUGAGGGAAUGCGUGGUGAAUGUAAAAUAUCUAGUUUACUUGGCAGUCUCUUGUGUAAAUUACAGUAAAACAAAGUAAAUGAAAUUGAAACAAAAAAUAAAUUUGAUCACAAAAUGCCA